AUGCAAAGACGACGUGGUAUUAGUAAUAUACGUGGAGCACGGCAAAGUGUUCGAAAUAUGCCGUUAACUGUUAGUCAAUGUUUUGGAUGUGCACAAAGUAUUUAUGAUCCGUUGAUAUCAAAUGUACUCGAUCGCUUCUGGCAUCCUGAUUGUGUAAAAUGUUAUUCAUGUCGUGCAAUUUUAUCUGAUAAAUGUUAUUCACGAGAUGGAAAGUUAUUUUGUAAAGAUGACUUCUACAAACAUUUUGGACAUUAUUGUGCAUCAUGCCACGGUAUCAUACAAUCUGAUGAUUAUAUUCGACGAUCCAAAGGAUGUGUUUAUCAUGCUAACUGUUUUUCAUGCACAAAAUGUAAACGUCUAAUACAUGGUGGAGAGGAUAUAUUUGUUGAUAAAACUGAACGAAUUUCUGAACAUCAACAACAACACGAGGUUUAUUUAUGUCAUGAUUGUCAUGUAUCGAUGAACCCAAAGAUUCUCCCUCCACCACCACCUUCUUCGUCUGUCGACGAGGAAGAAACAUCCGAUAGUCAAAUGUCAAAUUCGACUACAAGCAAAACACCAGUUGAACAGCAACAACAAUCCUCUUCAUCAUCUGAUAUAAUUUCUAAAUCAGAUGAACGAGAGUUUUCAUCACAACCUGUCGCUACAUCUUUACAGCAACUUUCACUCAAAACAACAAAUUUAUCUUCUCCACAUCCACAGACUCCGGUAUCUACCUCAUUAAUAUCGCCGAUACAGUCCCAAAAAUCACCAAUUGUAUUAGCUAAUGGUAAAAGUACUGUCGAAAAUGAAGAACAAUUGGGUAAUGUUCUAUCAUCACCAAAACUGAAAAAUAAAUCACCCACAUCUAACCAUCACAUAUCACCACUUCGAAACAAUAAAUCGCCAAUAAAAGCUCAUUCAUCUUCAUCAUCAUCCUCAAAUGAGACCCCCAAAACACGUAAUCAUAACAAGCAAUAUAAUAAUAAUAGUAGUACAAAAUCAUCGAAGUCAUCCAAGUCUCGAACAAAACAGAAUUCAUCAUCAAAUAACACAACUGAAAACAAUAAAAAGAAACCUUUAACUUUAUCGUCACCAGCAACGCGUUCAAAAGCAGCUGCUUUGGCAGCUGCUACAACAACAAAAGUCGAUCUUCGUAACAAUAAAAAACGUUUAACAACUCGUAAACGACAAAGACCGUUUUCGGAUAGUGAAAGCGAAGAGGAAGAAGAUGAUGAGGAAGAAGAGGAAGAGGACAUGGAGAAAGCAGAAGAAGUACACCAUCAGGAGAUCAAUGGUGAAGUAAACGAUAGACAACUGCAACAAAAACCGUCAGAAUCAAAUAUUAUUGAAGAAAAUAAUACAACAACAAAUACAAAUGAUGAUAGUAACGGUAGUAGUCGAUCAUCUUCAUUUAAACUUCUAAAUGAGAAACAAUCGGAUGAUGAAGAAGAAAAAGAAUUGAAAAUAGCUACACCAGAAACUUCUACGGUCAUGCCAGAGACGUUAACUACAACUGCAACGGUUACAACAAGUGGAAGCACCACUGUUUCUAAUACAAUUACUGAUGUAACAACAGCACUUUCUGCCAGUCCAAUGUCGAUAUCAUCGAUAAUGAAACAACCUUUACCUCAACCCAUCGAUACUUCUGCUAUACCACCAUAUUUAGCAAGUCAUUUUCCUUCACCGCAAUCAUCGAUGUUCGGUACACAUCCAAUGUCUCAUUAUCCACAUCCUACACAACAUUCAUCAUUUGGUCUACAGUUUCCACAUGCAAUGCAUCAGAGACCUCCACAAAUGUUACCACAACAACAACAACAACAACAACCACCACAACCAGUAGCCUCAGUCUUACAACAGCAGCUAUCAUCGUCACCUAUUUCGCAUCGAUCUCAUUCAACAAACGCAUCAGAAACAGAUUCGUUGGAUAGAUCACUUAGUCCAUCACAAAUGGAUAUUUCAACGAAUGCCGAAGCUUCAUCAACCCCUGCUCGACAAAUGGGUUCACCAAAAUUCAACCGUCAGCAUAACAAUAAUACGUCAGUAUCGGCCACUCCUCCCUCAAAUCCUCGACCAAGUCCAUUAACUUCAUUACUUGAAUACGGUCAUUAUUCUGCUGCAACAUCUGAUAAUCUCUCCAGUCAAAUGAGACAAAAUCCAUUUCCAUUUCCGUUUCAAAUGCCGGGCGCCGGAUUGACACAAAGUCCGUAUCAAAAUUCACCGCCUAUGCCAUUUUAUCGACCACCAAUGACCGGUGCAAUACCAGAUACCAGUGGCCAGAUAAAUCUUUCUCAACCGCCACCAGAGUCUGUUAGUCUGAAUAAAAAACCAACGAAAAAGCAAAUACAGCAGCAACAACAACAACAACAACAAAUGUUAUCGAAUAUUGAUGUCUCACAAAAUAUUCUUACUAAUCAACCGAAGAAGAAAGGACGAAAACUUGGUUCGAAAAAUAAAACAUCAAAAGCGGAAAAAACUAAAGUGAAACUAGGUGACAAUGAAGAAAUGAAUUUGCAAGAAAAUAAAAGCAAAUCUAAAGAACAUCCCCAUCCACUAUCACAAAUGAAUGAGUUGCAAAAACGGCAUGUGAACGAAAUAGAGGAUGGUACUAGCGAUGAUCACGAUGUAUCGGCAUCCGCAAGAGGAAUGUUGACGACACCAAUGAAUCAAUAUUCACAAUUACCUGAACAUUUACCUCAACAAGUUGCACAGCAAUCGACAAAUCAUCAGAAUUUAUUGACAAAAAUGGGUCUACUAAAUCAUCAGAGCAUGCCACCUCCACCGCCUCCAUCAAUACCGACCCCAAAUGGUAAUAAUUUGAUGAUGGGUCCGUUAAUGACGCCCAAUGGUAUGAUGAUGCCACCACAUCCCUACUUACCAUUCAACCAAGCUGCAUUUAAUCCUGCCUUUGCCGCAGCUGCAUAUGCUAGUGGUUACAAUCCGUAUCCACCCUUUCAUCCUGCAUUUGGACAUCCUAGUCAACCUCCAACGUCACAACACAUGAAUUUCUUACCUCAAAAUAAUGGUAUGUCUACUCUACCAAUGUCAGGUAGUACAAAUUUGACAGAAAAGCCCGCAAAUGAUCAUCAACAAAACAAAAUACAAAAAUCGAAAGGAGCUAAAAAUCAACAAGCAAAACAACAGCAAUUACCUUCAUCACAAUCUAAAGUGAAUAAUAUAAACAUAAAUUAUAUACCCUCUACUGAAAAUAUAACGGUAAACAAGAACUCUAAUCCACCGACAACGACAGAUUCGAGUGAAGAUGAAGGUGACGACGAUAUGGACGGUAAAAUAUGUAAUGGAAAAAAGCCUCGUCAAACGAGUAGCACGUGUCCGGUAGGCGGUGGAACUGAUUCAGAUGGUUCUGGAGGUGAAAUGGAAAUGAAUCUAAAUCAGAGUGGUGCAGGAAACUCAUCAGCAAAUGAUAGCAAUGCAAAAAAAGGCGGAAGAACAACGAUAAAAGCACCACAGCUAGAGGUGUUACGUCGAUCAUUUGAUGUUUGUCCGAAACCUACUAAACAACAACGUGAACAACUAGCUGCCGAAACUGGUUUAAGUAUGAGAGUUAUACAGGUCUGGUUUCAAAAUAAACGUUCAAAAGAACGAAAAAAUACGCCGAAAAAUGCAGAUGAUAGUCUAUCAUCGCCUCCACAAACAACUACAAAUACUGAUCGAAGUUUAUCUAAUUUUUAA